AUGAAAAAGGAGUACGAAGCCUAUGCAAACACACUGCGAAAGGCUCUGGAUGGUUUGGGUGAAGUGGAUGUCGACUUGAUAUUGGGACGCUUCCACAUACACGAAAGUGGCGAUGUUUCCCUGGGGUGCGCCUCUGUUGGCGACCAUUAUAAUCCGCGUCAGUCGCGUCACGGAGAACGGCACGCUGGCGGACUAGACAAUCUACGCGUUGAUGAAAGUGGACGGGCGAAGAUCCGGUUCGUGGAUGCAGUGCUGGAGGUGGCGGAGAUAAUCGGACGGGCCGUUAUAACAGGCAGUGCUGACGAUCUGGGACUUGGAGCAAACGACCAAAGUCUGAUUGACGGCAACUCGGGCGAAAGAAUCGCCUGCGGGAUAAUUGCUCGCUAG